AUGUCUGGCCAAAACAUACAUGUCAUUUCAGACACGGAAUCUGAAUCCGAAUCUGAUGGCGGCAUGCAACUCGAUGACCUAGACCGCGUCGACGGUAUACCAAUGUACGAUAACAGCGAAUUUCCCAACGUGGAUGGUAGACCAAUGCCCCGCCCUCUAUCAGAAGAAGAAGAAGAUGAUGAUGAUGUUUGGGGCGUAAAUACUUCAAAUGGAUCAGACACGGGAAGAUUCAACGGCCGUGCCCAAAACCCCCUCACAGCAUCAUACAACCGCGCCGGCCCAAACGGCAUAACAGAGCCCCAAACCGCCUUUGAAAAAGACGCUCGCACGCGCUCACAUCUCCGCGACGAAAAACACGCCGCCUUGGCUAUCCUCAUGGACAGCGAGUUAUUAGUUACAUAUGCGCUUGCCUCGCGAGAAACAAUCCCCCAAACCUGCCGGCGCUUCCUGGCAAAAUAUCUCGCGCCCAACGACCCAGAAAAAGCAGAAGAACUCUACGACCCGCGGUUCUAUAUCGCGCCUGACGGAAAGGGCGGGGAAGGGUCGCUUAUUCGUGGUCGGUAUCGGGAGGUUAUUGGGGAUAUUAAUGAUCAUAACUGGCAUAAGCCGGCGCAUUUGAGGGCGUUAGAUGCGAAGAAGGCUAAGGGUGGUGGUUCGCGCGCUGUUGGGGCUUCGGGGUCCUCUUCUGGUGCGAAUUCGCCGAGGGGGGUUUCCGAGGGAGGAGGAGCUUCGUUGGUGGGGAGGAGUUCGGGUCGGGGUCCGGGUCGGAGUCAGGUUCGGAGAGUGGAGGAUGAGGAUGAGGAUCUAUGA